CUUUGUCUUUCCUUCCCUCGUCCGCCAUGGACGCGAGCUCGUAGAGAAGGCCACCAUUGAAGCUCUCUAAGGUGCAACCUUAAGAGCUUCAAUGGAUUCUCAGAUGCUCACAAGGAUUUCCUUCUCCUUCCGCCGAACCUCCAUUCCAAGCCUCUCGAUCUACUUCUUCUCAUUCUUCUGUCUCUUUCUUCUCUUUCUUUCUCUCAUAAAAGGAACUCCAACGCUUCAAAAUAUCAUCUUUGUUUCGCUUUUGAUCUCUGUUUUCUUCUUUGUUGUGAAGAGAUUAGCGUUCUCGGUGACCAGCAGUGGCACCAGAGAAGGCGAAUCUAUAAGGUGGUUCAUUGGGGAAGAGGAUAGGGUUUCGAGGAAAGAGAGGUGUGAGAAGGAUUGGGAACGGGAAGGUGUGGAAUUUUACAGCAAUGGUGAUUGCUACGAAGGGGAAUUUUACAAAGGGAAGUGCAAUGGCAGUGGGGUGUAUAACUUCUUUGUGAAAGGGAGGUAUGAAGGUGAUUGGGUGGAUGGGAAGUAUGAUGGGUAUGGGAUUGAGAUCUGGGCAAAGGGGAGUCGCUAUAGAGGGCAAUACAAGCAGGGGAUGAGACAUGGCUUUGGUGUUUAUAGGUUCUACAGUGGGGAUUGCUAUGCAGGGGAGUGGAUGAAUGGGCAGAGCCAUGGCAUUGGGAUUCAGGCUUGCUUUGAUGGGAGCUCUUAUGUUGGGGAAUUCAAGGCUGGAGUCAAGCAUGGUUUUGGCUGCUAUAAAUUUAGAAAUGGUGAUAGGUACUCUGGGGAGUAUUUUGGCAAUAUGAUCCAUGGUUUUGGUAUCUAUUACUUUGAUAAUGGCCAUUGUUAUGAGGGUUCAUGGCAUGAAGGACGGCGACAAGGUCUCGGAGUGUAUACAUUUAGAAAUGGUGAUACGAUGUCCGGAGAUUGGAACUCUGGAGUGUUAAAGAUCACUCUGCCUCCAUCUGAUCAUGCAAUCCAACAUUCUGUUCAGGCUGCAAGAAAAGCAGCAGAGAAUGCUAGACUUCUUCCUAAUGUAGAGGAGCAAAUGAACAAGGUAGUCAUGGCUGCAAACCGUGCAGCCAAUGCAGCUAGAGUUGCAGCAAUCAAAGCUGUUCAGAACCAUAAGGAUGACAAAUUCAACAACAAUGAUCAUACAUGCUUGGCACCUUGUUUACACACCACAACCAUCCCAUGCUUGUAAGAUGUACAUAAUGCCAUAAGUUUAUGGCCUGAAACACAAGCUUUUCAAAGGUGUUCAUCAUAUGCUUGCUGAAAUUGAGGGCCAAAAGCCAUGUGCUAUCAUCUUCAAUUAUGAUAAUGUGCAGAAGAAUGCUUGCAUUCUCACAUGGAGGGGACACUAACUUUUUGAUAUAAUAUCAGCUCAUGAGUCAUGACCCAAGAGCUCAAUACAAUAAGAUCAAUUGCAUCCUUAAAGUAAUAUAUUAAAGAGAGUAGUGGGAAUAGGGUGUGAUCACUAGUGAUGCUUGCAUUUUUUGUUCUGAGUUCUGACAUAGCUUGGCUGCAUGGGUUGUCUGCCAAUGUUUUAAAUGACCCUCAUAUGCUUGUUUUCCUUUACCUUCUCCAUGAAAAUGCUACAUGCUUAUCAAACAUUUUUUUUUAAGGAGUUCAUUUUGACUUCAUUAUAAAGAAUCCGAUGUCUUGUUUGCAUCUUUCUCAAUAUUUAAAUUUCUGAGAUGCAAUUUGGAGGUCCAUUUGGUGUGUGUUCAUCCACAUUCGAAGAUUGACUGCUCUGAAUUUGCCUUUUCUGAU